ACGUCAUCUGCCUUAAGUUCUCCUUCGCAGAUCUGUCCUGUUCGUGUUCGUGCUGAUGUUGUUCCGCAUGCCUGGCAUGGCACGAUUUGAUCGGUAUUGGAGAAAAUAUAAAUGGAUGUAAGAUGACAGAUGAGUAUUCAACUGCUGAGAGAUUGGCAUUUGAACACUCAAAGGCUAUCUAUGAGCUGAAUCUGAAAAGAGAAAAAUGGGUGCAGUUAAAAAAGGAAUACACAGAAUUGAAAGAGACUGUUACAAGUCUACCAACAAAGUUAACACAUGAUGUUAUGGUCCCAAUUGGUUCCGUUGGCAUGUUCCAGGGUAAACUGGUUCAUACAAAUGAGAUCAUGGUUCUUCUUGGUGAAAACUGGUUCGCGCAAUGUACGACACACCAAGCUACAGAGAUCAUAGAGCGGCGGAUCAAAAUGGUAGAGAGUAACCUGGAGGAGAUAAUAAAGGAAAUCGGUUUCCUAGAAUCGCGAAAAAAAGUUGCAAAAGACCUUUCAACCAUGGACAAGGAACAAGAUAUAGUGGAGAUAAAAGAAGAAAGCAAGGAAGAAGCAUCGAAGCCUGCUGAGAAACGACGUAUUGCUCACAACGCUUCCCACAAUGUCAUACAAAGAAAUGUUAAAGAUUUAGAUAAAGCAUCUGCAGACCAAAUUAAACCCGAGAAUGCUGCUAGCAAGAAAGAUGAUGCUGUAGAAAAGCUGUUUGCUCGUCUCAGUGAACUCGAGCUUGAAGAAACUGCUAACGAAUUACAAGAGAACAGCAUGAAAAUCGAGAGCCUAAAUUUAGGCCAUGAAACACGUGUACGCUUUGAAGAGGAUAGUGUGGAGGGCACAUCAAAUGGUCACAAAAGCAUGCAAUCAAGUAGGGGGAAAGAAAACAAUUGUAUAAGGUUCAGGCAUACAAGUGAUGAGGAGAGAAAUUCGGUGGGUUCUGUGCCCGAAAGCAAGAACCAAGAUAAUGAUCCUGGUGAGGGUAAUGGCGUGCCUCAGAAAUUCGUAUCGCCAGCUGAUAUAUACAAUCAUUUUGCAAAGCCACUGGUCGCUGAUAUGGAGGAGAAGCCGCUGAAAUCGAUACUGAAGAAGGAACGGAAAUAUUCUUCAGAGGGGGUGAUGCCGAAGCCGAUUUUAAAACACUCCCCUGAACACAAAUCUGAUGGGUCAAGCGGAGAUGAACUUGCUACCAGUGCAGCUGUCGAAGAUCCAAAACCAAUUCUUAAAGGUGGAUCAGAUGCCUUUUCUGAUACAGUCGUGGAACGGAACACCAGUGUUAUAUCUGAAAUGCCUGAAACUGCGCCGGCACCCAAAAAGCAGUUGUCACGAUUUAAGGCAUCCAGAAUGCGAAAGUAAGAUUUGUUUACUCGUGUGAUGGGUACUAGAAGAGUUUGCUCACUGGUGAAGGUGAAUUUUGUCCAUGCUUGCUGCUGAAAAGUUCCUAACAAGAUUUGACAAACAGUCCAUCAAUCUUAUGACAUUUUGGAGAUUCCUUUAAUUACAACUAGAGAAUUCAGUUUGAAUUUCCUAGAUUGUGCUUGCGGAUAAUGUUUCAAAACAUAAAAUAUGACGAGGAAGCUGAUAAUUUUCAGGUUGCCAACACAAACUUUAACAUUUCAUUACCAAGUUGUUAUCUAAAGUAGAUAUGUUGUAAUCUUGGUUUUAUUUUAAAGAUAUGCCUAAGUGGUAAAUCUAUGCAGACAUUUGGGACUUGAAUUUUUUUUGUUUUUUAUGCCAUUUCUGACAUCUUUACGGCUUUCUAUAAGAUACAAGAUUUCAAUUAAAUGGUAUUUUAUAUCCCUCAAAGACAAAGCAAGUCACUAUUGCAUUUAUAAAGAAACAAAGUAUCUGAAAUGACCUCUGAUAGAGAUACAAAGAUAGAGAACUAUAAAGAAACAUCUGUUCUGUUUUUUUCUUACAAAAAAUAUUUCCAAGAUGCCCUCCUCCGCCGACAACUUAGUAAAUAACAAAAAUUGUAUUUAGAAGGAAAUGCAAAUUAAUGACAAGCCAGAAUUUUAUUGUUAGAAUCUUUCAAUCGUCUUUAAAUGGUUUCAUUUAUCUAUAUCGAAAAUUUGGUAAUUUAGAGACAAAAUUUACAUUCGCACAGUACAAGACGCAAAGUGAAUUUUCAAUUACUAUCUCCAACCCAAUGGUUUGUGCCAUCAUAGACCACCAUUUGAAUACCAUAAAACGUUUUGGAUACCAUAACCAUUUGAAUACCAUAAAUAGUGUACUUUCAGAGUCCCAUUGAUGUGUUUAGUUUGUUGAUAAAUCGAUUAUUUGUAAAAAUAUACAUUUAUGCCUUUCACAGGGUCGUCGGAAGCAGGGGGCUGGGGCUGGGGUUGUUAUCUAAAGUAGAUAUGUUGUAAUCUUGGUUUUAUUUGAAAGACAUGCCAAAGUGGUAAAUCUAUGCAGACAUUUGGGAUUUAAAUUUGUUUGUCAAUGGAAUGGGCAGCCCCCUUCCCCAAUAUGAAUUCGUUCCGACAGCACUGUUUCAUCUAUUUUGUUGAAGUGUCAUUAUCGCUGCUUGUAUUUUAAUACACGACGUAUUUAAUGCAGAAUAUUCUCUUAUAAUGAAUUUUAAUGUAUUCAAGUAGCUAUCAUUAUUUUGUUUAUUUUGGUGAAUAUGAAAAAACAAUGAUGAAAUAAUGAGAAUUCGUAACGUAUUGAAAAUGCGAAUUAGCAUUCAAGUAUAAUAUAUUUUUAAUUGAAACAUCACUUGUUAUCGUUAGUAAGAACAUAAA